GCAUUCGCUGGUGGGCUGACUGCUGAGUUAAAAACUUGGCCUUUGGUCUAUUCGUGGGUUGUGCGGUGUGUAUGAAGUUUGCGAUGCGUAAUUGUGUGUGAGAUGUAUUUGGUUUUCAUGGUCAGGUUUGAUCCUUGCUGUAGCAGCGAAAACUUGCCGUGAAAGCCUUUUCAAUUUGGUGGGUUCCGCCUUUGUCUGCAAUGGUUUCCUUUUUUCUGUACCCUUUCGGUGGCAUCCUUACGUUCCAACUGCUGAGUUCUGUCGUGUGCCUGCUCGUGUGGGAACCAAAGGGUUGGCAUUCGAUUGACCCCAUGGCACCGCUUGUGGUACACUAUCUGUUGUCUCUUUUCCGGAAAGUUUUGGCCCAUUGGUUGUUGUUGAGUACUCGGGUUUGGUACACUAACGGGGACUGGUUAAGAAUUAUCUGUUAGCCUAAGUCUGCCCAUUAAGUAUUUUGUUCCAGGGUUCCCUGGUUCAUUAUUGGCUUCACCUUCACUUCUGUGAUUGUGUUUCCCUCCGUAUGACCGCCUAUGAUGUGUUGAGUUCGCUUUCGGUUU